GGCACACCGUGAAGAAAAUUUAUUUCUUAACAUUGUCAUAUAAAUACUCAUAUUUAUGUGACCUAUAGAUAGAAAUGUCAAUAGUUCAAAAUGCCUUACUCUCGUAAUAAAUGAUCUCCCUCAUUUGUAAACGAAAGUAGAUCAGUAACUUCCGGGUUCAAAACGUGGCUGAUCGAGGACUGUUGUUGUUAUCAUUAAACACUUUAAUGCGUUGACCGAACUCUACACUUGCUUGAUACGUGCUGUCUACCUGUUAAUAAAUAUGGAUAACACAACAAAGUUAUUUAAAGUUGGAUCAAGAAAGAGUCAGCUGGCACUGAUUCAGACCAAUACCAUCAUAGACAAACUGAAGGAAAUAAAUCCUGACCAUGACUUUGAAAUAAUUACCAUGACUACAACUGGUGACAAGAUUUUAGACUCCGCCCUAUCCAAGAUUGGCGCUAAAGAUCUGUUCACACGUGAGUUAGAGUUGGCCUUGGAGAAUGGUGAGGUUGAUUUUGUUGUCCACUCUCUAAAAGAUUUGCCAACAAGAAUAGCAGAAAACCUGGUGAUAGGAUGUGUGUAUAAGAGAGACAGUGAGUUUGAUGCUGUAGUUAUGCACCCUAAACAUAAAGGAAAGAAAUUAGCCGACCUUCCUGAUGCAAGUGUGAUUGGUACCAGUUCCUUGAGACGAGCAGCACAGCUACAGAGAAAAUUUCCAACUUUUAAAUUUGAAAGUAUCAGAGGUAACUUGAAUACCCGAUUCAAGAAACUGGACGAGGACACCAAGUAUGAUGCCAUCGUACUGGCGGAGGCUGGUCUACGUAGAAUGGGCUGGGAUGACAGGAUUGCACAGGUGUUAGAUCCAUCAGAGUGUAUGUAUGCAGUAAGUCAAGGUGCGAUGGCAGUCGAGUGCCGCACAGGUGACGAGAAAACACUGGCACUAUUGUCUUCUAUACAUGACCAAGAUACAGCAGUGAGCUGUAUAGCUGAACGAGCAUUCCUGAAACAACUGGAAGGAGGAUGUAGUGUACCAGUAUGUGUUCAUUCAACUCUCACUGACUCCCAGAUAACACUAAAAGGAGGUGUAUUCAGUAUAGAUGGUACCCAGUGCGUAAUUGAUUCUGUAACAAAAGAUAUAUCAGGGGAACCAGCCAAGAAAAAGUCUUCUACCAAUGGGGUCACCUUCUCCGCUAUUGUACAUGGUAGCAUAGACCUGUCACUAUGUGAGACAGCAGAGAAUGCUGGGAUUGACCUUGCCAACCGUCUCCUAGCAACAGAGGCAGCUACCAUUCUAAAGGAAGCUAAAGAGCAGACGGCAAAGGCUGUAAUUGAGGAAAAAGAAAGAAAGGAAAGAGAAGCAGCUCAAAAUCAGAAAUAGUCUGGACCUAUUUUAGUUCUUUUUAUUUUUAAUUUUAGUUAAAAAGGUGCUAAUCAAAAAUAUGAAGAGAAAAGAUAUUUGUUUUUAUUGUACCUGAAAUAAUGUAUGGAAAUGCACUUUGGGUUCUUUUUCCAUAAGUCAAGUCAGUAUGUUUUUUAAAAUUUAAGAAUGUUAUAUAGAUAUUUAUGGUUAUCUUAGUUUGAAAGUAUCUGUUUUGGGAUACUAAGUUUUGUUUUGUCAGGAUAUAUAAUUUGUUUGAAUACCCAGUUUGAUUAAGUACCUGAUUAAAAGAUCAGUUAUUUAUAUAUUUUCAAAAUUAAACAUUCAAGUUCUGUUAUUUAUUUAUUUAACAUGAAUUCAGAACAUUUUUGAUAUAUCAAUAUUUAUUUAUAACUCUUAAAAUACCGGGUAAUCAGGGGGGACAUACCUAAUGGCAAAGUAGCACCAACAUGCCAUUGAGUUUGUCCCCCUGUUAUUAUGUAAGGCAUUAUGACAUUUUUGAUCACUUGCAUUUUGAUUAUUCAUUGAGUUUUUUCUUAAUUUUAUUUAUCAAGUUCAACUUUUAAUGCAUAAAUGGCAUUGAUUUAUUAUAUUAUGCCUUAAAAGAGUUUUAUAUUUUUCAUACCUUUUCAACAUAGAAAUACUAUACAAGUCCACAAGUAUUGAUCAAGAACUAAAUUAUGAUUGUAUUUUUUUAGCUCAUCUGUCACAAAGUGACAGGGUGAGCUUUUGUGAUCGCUUUUCGUCCGUCGUCCGUCCGUCGUCCGUCCGUCGUCUGACCGUCGUCCGUCCGUUGUCCGUCCGUAAACUUUUACUUUAAAUGACAUCUCCUCAUAAACCACUAAGCCAAUUUCAUCCAAACUUCACAGGAAUGUUCCUGUGGUGGUCACCUUUAAAAAUUGUUCAAAGAAUUUAAUUCCAUGCAGAACUCUGGUUGCCAUGGCAACCGAAAGAAAAAACUUUAAAAAUCUUCUUUUAAAGAACCAUGAGAGCUAGAGCUUAGAUAUUUGGCAUGAAACAUCUUCUAGUGAGUGUCUACCAAGUUUGUUCAAAUAAAAGCCCUGGGGUCAAAAUUGGCCCCGCCCCGGGGGGUCAUUGAUUUUCCCUAUAUGCAUAUAGUAAAAACUUAAUAAAUCUUCUUUUAAAGAACCCAAAGAGCUAGAGCUAAGAUAUUUAGCAUGAAACAUGUUCUAAUGGGUGUCUACCAAGUUUGUUCAAAUAAAAGCCCUGGGGUCAAAAUUGGCCCCGCCCCGGGGGGUCAUUGAUUUUCCCUAUAUGCAUAUAGUAAAAACUUAAAAAAUCUUCUUUUAAAGAACUCAAAGAGCUAUGGCUAAGAUAUUGAGCAUCAAACAUGUUCUAAUAGGUUUCUACCAAGUUUGUUCAAAUAAAAGCUCUGGGGUCAAAAUUGGCCCCGCCCCAGGGGGUCAUUGAUUUUCCCUAUAUGCAUAUAGUCAAAACUUAAAAAAUCUUCUUUUAAAGACCCAAAAGAGUUAGAGCUAAGAUAUUUAGGGGGGUUGGGGGGGGCUAUAUACAGGUGAGCGACCUCAGGGCCAUCAUGGCCCUCUUGUUUAAAUAAGUCUUCUUGCAAGAAACUAUCAUACAAUGCACUUAUUAUUUUAUCACAAGACUUCAUCAUUUAAGAUUAGUAGAUUAAGUAAAAUUAGAACCAAGCUUAUUAACUUAAAAAUCAGUUUUUUAUAAUUUAUGGUUCUUUAAAAUCUAUCAAUUUUAACAGAGUGACUAUUUGUGAUUAUUUGUAUGUCAGCUCUCUUGAAAUCUUUGUCUUAGAAUUUGCCUAUUUAAACAAUGCUUAAAUCUCUUUUGUAAAUUUGAAAAUUGCAUUUAGUGGUUUAUCUCAAUAUUAAACAGCUGUUAAAUUCAUUUUUGUGAUCUGGUUUAUUUUGUAUACAUAUUUUUAUUCAUUACAUCAUCAAAAUAUUUCAUGUCUUCCAAACAAAAGUUUGUUUAAUUUAGUUUGUCAGCUUCUGCAAUUUGCUUUUAAUACUCAAUACUUUUGAUGUGUUAUUUUGUUGGAAUAUUAAUUUGAAUGAUGAUGGCCAUGUACAGAAAAAAUGACUCUUCUGUCAUAAUAUCUCAAUGGAUUCAGUAAAUGACAAUUACUUAUAUUAUAACAAUUAUUUGGGAAAUAUUUUGGAAAGUCUGAGAGACUUUACACAAAGUUUGUAACAUCUUAGGAAUGAGCUUUUGAUGUAGCACUUUAUAUGUUUGUACUCUAUUGGAAAAAAAUACAUUCUCUUAGUUUAAACAAAUUUUUUCUCAGUUUGAUCGUUUUGGAAGGUUAUUGAAACACUCGCGAAUCUGCUCCUUGAACCAUCUAGCACUGAGCAAUGAGUGUAAAGUUUCUUGCUUUUGGAAACAACAGCUUGCCCAUGAUGGGGUUUGAAUCAACACGGCCAACAAUCCUUAGGUUACUAGUCUGACAUGUUCACAAAGCAGUCAUACUACCACUCAAUACAUUCUCUUCUAAAACAAAAUAAUCACAAAAGCAUACCUGCAUGAGGGUUACUUUUUUAGAAUUUUCUGCCAUGCACUUCAUCCACAAGUCACUACAUGUACAGUAUGUCAUUAGGUUAGAGGUUAAUGUCUCUGUCAUAUCAUACUUCUCCUUUAUUUUACUGAUAUUUGUUUAAUUAUGAGUAUUUUAGCAUUCCAGUUGAUGUAUCAUAUGUUGUCAUAAAAGCUACAUAAUUUUUAUGAAAUCACAUUUUAAAUAACUUUUCUUACACUUUAUAAGUAUUAAGUGUUUAUUUAUUAUUAGGAAAUGGUGAUUUUACAUGUGCUUUGUUGUAUAUAAUGAUUUUGUUUCCAUGGAAAAUGGAGACUACUUGUGCAUCCAUUUUGUCGAUAUUUAAUAAACAGAUUUGUAAUGUCUUCAGAUGAAAUGGCUAUCUAGUUAUCUGGUAUCUAAAUACAUAUUGUAUUAUAUUACUUGUUGUUAACUAAAUCAGAUGCAUUUAUUUCAAUGCAUUGUGGUUUAUAUGAAACUACACUUAUGCCAUAAUAUAUGAAUAGAAAGAUAAUUUUUGCCACCUUUAAGUGUUAUUUUAUAAAGACAGUGAAGGCAAUUGCAUUAGACACUAGUCGAUGUUAGAUCGUCCUCUUAGUGAAGUAUCAGGUUAACUCCUUUCAAAUUUAAUAGGAGUUAAUCUAUUGCUGCACCAAGGUGACGAAUUAUGUGUUAUUGUUAAUCAGAGUAUUGUUUAUAUGAAUAAGAAAUAAAAUUAUUUUUUAACACUA